AUGAUCAGAAGCAAAUCGAUAGUCAUUAAUUCCAAUACCACAAACAACUCUGCUGUUGCCGCCGCAGCCGUAGCUAUCAGACGUUCUGCCUCAAACGCUACCGCCGCAACAGCCGUGGUACAUACUAAUGAUCUUAACAGAAAACCGCCACGAUCACGGUUCGUAGAGUUUCCGGUAUCUCCUCAACUGAUGAGAGGGGAAGAGAUGGUCCAUUUCGGACAUCCGCGACACGUGCUGGUCAAAGUUGAUUUGCCGGAUAUCUACACGUGUGCAGGGUGUAAAGAAGAAGGAGCUGGGAUUAGGUAUGUGUGCCAAGAGUGUGAUUAUCAGCUCCAUGAAUUUUGUGCUUCGGCUCCUCCUGUACUCAAGUCACAUCCUUUUCAUUACCAGCAUCAGCUUCUCUUCUUUACGAAGCCCGCGAAAGGAGGAAUAAUGAAAUCGAAAUGCGACGUGUGUGGAAGAUCACCAAAAGGUUACACCUUCAGAUGCAAAGCUUGCAGUUUCCAGAUGCAUCCUGGCUGCGCUAUGUUAUCUCCUUCCCUCUCCUCCUCCUCUCUCCACCACCACCCUCUCCAACUCCUCUCCUCCGCCGCCAACAACACCGGAGGAGACCACUCCGGGGGAUUCCUCUGCGGAGAGUGCAAGAGAGGUAAGCGAGUCGGCAGGGUUUACCGUUGCACCGUUUGCGAUUACCACUUGCAUGCGGUCUGCGCCAAGGACGCCGCCGUGAACGGCCUCAGAGCAAACGGACACAAAGGAAGGGAUAGGUCUCCGGCGGUUUUGGGAACGGCGGCAAGGGUGGCGUCGCAGGUUGUGAUUGAUUUUCUCGGUGGUAUAAUGGAAGGUCUCGGUGAAGGUGUUGGUGAAGCUAUUUUGGACGGUGUGACUAGAGGCGGCGGUGGUGGCGGCCGCGGAGGAGGAAAUGGAGGUGUUACUAGGGCAAUUCCACGUGUCAGAGGAGGGUAACUAUGGACUUUUGGGGAUAGCUAAUUAUGAGUGUUUAUACGUAUAAGGAAAUGAUUGUAUUGCUGUUUGGCUGAUUGAAAGUACAUAUAGAUUGGAGUGUUGAUGUUUAUUAGGUUGGGUGGGAGGAUACAUUAUUUUAACUAAAUUUGGGGAUACAAGAAUAACCAUAAGAAUAAUGUGUAUUGUUAAAGUUUGGAAAUAUAAGUAUUGUUAAUGUAUAAUGUUUUCUGCUCUUUGGUCUCUAAUGUAGUUGGGAUUUAAGUAGAAUAUCAUAUGUUUAACAUUGUAACUUUGUUUUGAACAUCACACUGUAGUAGCAAAGGUUAUUAACUUACCGCAUAUAACAUUUUCGGUGUGUUUGGAAAUAUGAACAUAAUGUUUAUAAUUUAUUUGGCUUUCAAUAUAUUCUAUUUGUAAUUAUUUGGCUUAUAAAGUUACAUAAGGAGAAACAGAAAGAAAGCCAAAAAGCUAAUUACCUAAUAUUAGUAGCAUCUUUGAAAAGAGUGUGGCACCUAAAAUGCAACUCCCAUUGAAAGAGAUACAUGACCCACCACUUACAUCUUAUUUGAAGUUUUUAUAAUUGUCUCAUCAAUUUUUCAUUAAUUUGGAAGCCCUAUUAUAAUUUGUGUAAACAAACUUAAAUCAAGAGUUAGUUGCCUUAAUCAUCGCCAUAUUGGAAUAAACUUUUGAAACGUAAACGUUAUAAAUUGUUUUUUUUUGUCGGUGUCGUUUUUCCACUUUCCUUCCCGCUUUCAAGAAAAAUUCUUUGAAAAAGUGGCAUUGUGUAAAAAAUUUUAUUCUUUGUUGUGUGUGUUAAAUGUUUACUGUAAAAUGUUUUCCCACUUUUCUUUAUGCAAAUAAAAGUCAGGAAAUUAACCUUACAAAAACCACGCCUUGUGUUUUACAUACAUGAUGGGUAAUUGUAGCUUUUAUUGGACUGUCGUAUAUAUUUUUGAUUAGAUUAAGAACACUAAGUAGAAAUGGAUAAAGUAAUAACUGAAGAAUCAUUUUUUAUUUCGAACAAUACAUAUAAAAUCAACCAACCAGUAUCCUACUGAAAAAUCGGAAUCAUACUAACCCAAGAAUCCUUUUAUUUGUGACCCAAUACUACACUCGAACUAAAGAUUUAAUUAGUGACUUGUGUGAUGUUUCAGAAGCUCGACAAUCCACGUGGGAAUCCUUAACCUCUGACGGCCUUUUGGUAACUAUGUGACAAGAUUCCUAUGCUCUUGGUUUCCACCGAUCUUCUUCCAUAUACAUAGGUUUACAUAGUGCAUGGUUUAGCAAAUUAGAUUAAGUAAUCGUAUGAUUAUUCUUUACAUAAACUGUAUAUCCAUAACCUCUUAUUAUUAUCAGAGUGAAUAUAUAAUGCUUUCCAGUACAAUCUUCUCAUCACCAGACGUAGAAAAAUAACAAGGAUUAAUUAAAUACUAAUAAACAUUUUCGAAAGAAAAAGAGAAGAAAUAGUGAGUGAAAAUAAAUACAUCCUUUUGAAACGAUGCCAUAACUGAAAAGAAAAGGUUGAAGUUACAGUAACAUAAGACUACUUGUACAAAGUACAAAUUUACAAAGACAAAGUACCAAAAAAUGCAAAAUAGUACAGUAACUGCUUCGUAUAUGAAGCAGUAGGAUACUAUAGAAGUCAUAAUAAUAAUGAUAAUAAGUAGGAAUACACAGAAAUACACAAUAAAAUUAGCAAACCAA